CUGGCGGUUCCGCUCUCUCUAUGCUUCGCCAGUGGGCCGCGGCCGGAAGGGGGACCAAGUUUUAAUGGCGGCUUCAAGCACCGCGGCUGUCGUCGGGGGGACGCGCGAGUCCGGCUCCGGGGCCGCGGGGCAGGGGCGGAAGAAAGCCUACGGCAAGCUUGAAAAGCCGUCUGCUUCUGCGUUUGUGCCAAGGAUGCGCAUAUAAAUCAGUCGAGCGAGGACUGUAACGUGCUUCCUGUAAACGUGUGAUUGUGGAAGGGCGCAGUGAAGGCGCUUCCUCAAAGUAUGAGUGCAGCUGGCGCUGCAAGUGAUGCCCUCGUCCACCAGGUGAUCCUCAUAGAAACUACUAAAGACUACAAAGAAUUGAUUCUAGGCAAAAUAACAGUGAAAUAGAUUGUACUGAUCAAGUAAGAUGGAUCCAUGUUCAGUUGGAAUUCAACUUCAAGUUGCCAAUGAGUGUCAUAAGACCUACUAUACUCGUUACAUUGGCUUCAAGACUAAACAAGAAAUACCAUCAUCAGAUCUGAUGUUACUUCAGCUUAGGACUGGAAUGUCUCUUUCUGAGAACAAUACAAUCUGCUUCCAUCACGCCACAAUUUACAUUGACAGAUUUGAAGACAUGCAAAGAUCAUGUUGUGACCCAUUUAAUGAGCACAGAAAAUUAUCAAAGAAAAAUUUACGUGCAAUUGACUUACAUGAUGCAACUUUUCUAAGUGCCAAGUUUGGAAGACAGUUUGUACCUGGCUGGAAGCUUUGUCCAAAGUGUAUGCAGAUAAUCUAUGGACGUGUGGAAGUUGAUUCUGAAGAUCGCCAAAGAAGGAAACUUGAUUCAGACGGACGAACAGCUAAAGCUUUGAAGUCCCUGCAGUUUGCUAAUCCAGGACGACAGACUGAAUUUACUCCAGAAACCAGUAAAAGAGAAAAAAGAAGGCUACAAACAAAAAGUAUAUCAACUAUUUCUGACAGGCAAAUUAUACCAGCAAAGAGUAAAGUCUAUGAUAGCCAGGGACUUCUGAUUGUCAGUGGGAUGGACCUCUGUGACUGUCUUGAUGAAGAUUGCCUGGGAUGUUUCUAUGCUUGUCCCAAGUGUAGUUCCAAUAAAUGUGGAGCUGAAUGCCGCUGUGACCGCAAGUGGUUAUAUGAACAAAUUGAAAUAGAAGGAGGAGAAAUUAUUCGCAAUAAACACGCUGGUUAAUGUACAAAUAUAUAUUGAUUGAUGUAUUGCAUCUAAAUACGGAACUUAGCCUGUUGAAAAUGAGUGGAAUCCAUCAUCACACAUACAUUAAGUGUUUACAGUUCCAUAUCCAUGUUGAUCUGAUUUUUAGAAAGGCUCUUUAUCAUGUUGGUGUAUUGUCACACUUCAUACCACCUUAUAUUCAAUUUACGCAAAUCAGCAACGUGACUGAAUUGUUGCAGUGCAUUAGUAGUUAAUGAAAUAUUGUAUCGAAGUGCAGGGGGAAAAUGCUAAAAGAAAUCUGGAAUUAGCUACUUCAUAGUCCCUCUCUAUAGAGAAUACUAUUUUCAUGCAUCUCUUCUUGAUCAAUCUCUACCUUUAAAGACUCAGUGUUUCUGCUUAUAUUUAAUGUGUCUUUAAUUUAAACUACUACACAUUUUAAACUUAAUUCAUUGGCAGUCAUAUCCAGUAUUAUGUGUUGCAUAAUCGUAAAUACUCUGUCUUCUAAAGUGAGAUGUGGACCUGCCUUCCAUCAGACUUAAAAAGGAUCAACAGCAUGUCCAAUGCACUGGAAAUAUUGAGCUGGAUAUUUUGGGGGGGGAUGUCAGUCCAGUAAAAGAAUGUGGUGUCCUGUUUUAUUAUUCAGGCAACUGCUUUUAGCUGAAUUUUGUAUAGCCUUAUUGAAAUUACUUGGGAUUAGAGAUAGUGUUUUGUACGCAAAAGUUGGAUGUAGUUAGUCCAUGUUAGACUGAUGACUAUUUCAAUUUGUUUACUUAGUAGCUGAAAAUCACCCAAAAGUCUUCCUUCCAUUAAUAUUCAGACUAAAUAUAGGCAAACAAAUCAGUCAGAUUUGAAUGUUAUUCCUUUGAUUGAAACUGUAUCCCUGACUUCACACCAAAUGAAUGUUUUAUACCCAUGUCAUAGAAAAAUUCAUGGAAAGUAGAUUUUUUUAUGGUAGAAGUUCUAACAAACUUUUAAAGAGUAGCAUUUGUACUGUUAAGCAAUCUCAACCUUUUGGAUGAUAUAAAAAAAUCUUACUGGGAGUUUUGGCGUGUCAAAUUUGUAUUUAUGGAAUUAUUCACAUCAGCGGUGCUCAAGGAGUUAGUUGCCUUCUUGAUAAAAUUUACUAAUGGCAGAUUUCAUCAUUCUGCUAUUUUAUUAUUUAGUACAUAACUUUCAUUUCAAUAGAUUUGCAGCUAUAGAACUAAUUUUUAAGUUGUGCAUAGCUGGAUAUGAAAUUAUUUUUACUAACCUUAUCUCUCUAACUUACACUGACAUCUGCUGGUACUGAUGAAAUACUAAGCAGCAAUUCAAACUCGGUGCAUUUUUUAAUCUGUUCACUUACUGGGAUAGUCUUUUUAUUAGAUUUUGUGUUCACUGACUAGUAACUACAAUUUUCUUAUAUAGUAUGUAAAAAAUAUAUAUGUUAGUAGUUUAAGUUCUUUGUAACUUCUGUGUAGUAUCACAAUAUUAAAGCACAGUCUCAUCAACUUGGUAAAAUAUACUUAAUCUUUCAAUUUCCUACUUCAGUAGGAAAGUUGUCAAGUUACUAAGUAAAUUGAGGGUAAAACUGUCUUAAGCCCUGUCCAAUCAAAAUAGAACUGUUUUUAGAUUAACAGUUUUCCAAAAACGCUGGAUAUUUUAGUGGCUUUUGCCAAGUUGCUUUAGCUAGAAGGGUUUUUGUUUUUUUGUUUGUUUUUUUUAAAGCUUGGUUUUAUUGUAGUGUAAUAUAAUAUUCCUCAGAACUCUGUUCAUAUAUCCAAUUCACUCUUCCUUCUACCAGGUGGUCCCAAAGGAUUUUAUUUCUCUGUUCAGUUUCAUCCCUCUCCUAAUUAAAGUGUAAAGGUUAUAAUAUCUGCUCUUUAAAGGGGCUCUGCUCCUGUAGCUUUCUCCUGUUUCAUAAAUCAAAAAAAAAGUCUAGCUGUGGCUUAUGGUAUAGUUUUUAGAACAAAGAUGAUAUUAAGUGCUUAAAAUAUCAUCAUAACUUAAAAUAUAAGCUUUAGUUACUGAUUUGGUUGUUCUCAGAAGAUUUGCUAUGGAUAGUGAGUUUUAACUUCUCAGAGCCUGACUAUUCACCCCAACAUGAGCACGUAAAGAUUGAUUUGCAGAGAUUAAGGGUCUUUUGAUGCAUAGGUUUGGUGCACAGUGGCAAGGAAGUGAAGGUGUUUCAUUUUGCUCAAGUGAAUUUCAGCCUAGCUGCCUGUUACUGGCUAGCUUUAAAUAUGAAUCUGCUUAUUUGCCUGGAGAGUUAACAGCUGGAUACAAUGUUAGCAACAUGAGGAAGUCAUGUUAUCUUAGUUCUAAAAAUUGGUAUUCACAUCCCAUUUGAAUUUGCAUACCUUGUAAAAUGCAGUUGCUUUAUCCUGAAUACAUGACCUCCAGGGGAGGGAGGAGUGCAGCGGCAGGGUAGUUAAUACCUUAAGUUCAAGCUCUGUUUCGGACUUCCACUUCAGAUGUAAUGCUAGCCACAUCUUUCUUGUGUGUUGUUGGCUAUAGGAAGUGUUAUGCAUUAGGCAUACUAAUCCAAUAGGUUCUUAGGGUCAGGAGGAUCUUUGACCUGACUUAGGCUUUGGCAUCAUUGCUGCUUCCAAGGCAUCUUUUAUAAAACUAGUGGUUAGGAUAUUUGCAAAGUGGUAGAGCUGGAUAUCCUCUUUCACAACUGGAGGAAACAAACCUACCUCCCAGAAGAGCCUAUAUGCUAAAUUCUAGUAUUUGGAUUCCACUGAUACAAGGCAUCUAAAAUGUAGGUAUUGAAGUGAUCAAGAUCCUGCUUCAGGUUGCUCUGGUGCUGAAAGGAAACUGAAAAUCUUUCAGCAAGAGUGGCACAAUUAUUGUAUGUGCAAUCUGUAUUUUUAAUGCUUUUUGUAGCACCAGUUCAUAUAGACCGGAAAGGGUAUUAAAUACUUCUAAGUAAAUUCAAUAUGUUGUUUUGUCUCAUCAGAUCUAUUGUGAAGACAGAGAAAUACUGUUAAAUAUCUAAAUAUCAUGUCAAGCAAUCACUGGACAUGAAACAAAACUAAAGGUAUAUGCAAUAAAAAUGGAUCUCCUCCCUGCUUCCCUUCGUUUUUCAUGAGUAUAUCCAUGUUCCUUCCCUUUCCAUCGAGCAUUCAGAUAAUAUUCUAGUAAAGAACUGACGGAUGAACUUGUUACCUCUCAUAUGUUCCCUUUUCAUUCCCAAGGUUCCCUAACAUCUAUGUUUUAUUGUUGAAAAAUACAUCAGAAAUUAAUGAAAGCAAGAUUUGUAGAAAUGGUCCUUUUUAUUAAAAAAUGCUCGUUAUAUGUUU